AUGCUGGGAGCCGGCGGUCAACUUUUUGUUUUGCUAUUUCUUUUUAGCAGCCUUGAUUUGGCGCUUGGCGGCUGGCAGGAAGUGGCCGUUCAGGGCACAAUCCUGUGCGAUGGCGUGCCCUUCUGGGGUGCCACGGUGAGGUUGAUGGAGCGGGAUCUUGGCAACAUUAUCGACCUCGACGACAUGUACGACGAGACCAAAUCCGAUCCUACGGGCAGGUUCGAGUUCCUAAGCAUCGAGCCGUACCUGAGAAUCGAGCACAAGUGCGUCAGGGGCGAUGCGCCCUGUGGUGCUAAGAUAAACAUGCAAGUCCCACCCGAAGCCAUCAACGCUCCGGUUUUCAAGCUGCCGCUAAUUGAGCUUGCCAAAUUCCCAUACACCGCGGUGAGAUGCCCG